CAGCCGCUCCUCCGCGCGUGAGGGCCCCUCGCGGCCCCUCCCGGGUUCGGGAGACCCGGGCCCGCCGCCCGCCCGGCCCGCGGCCGCCUCUUCCUCUCGCAGCCCCGCGGCGCUUGCCGCAGUCGCAGGCGGCGGAGAAGCCAGAGCGCCCCAGGUACCAGUGCGGGCGGGAGGCGGAGGCGACCCUGCGGCCGGGUGGGGAGGGGGCGCCGCGCGGCCGCUGCCCUCCGCUUCCCGCGGGGCCUGGAGGUCCCGGCGAACCCCCGCGCAGUGUGAGCCCGAUCCCGGUGCCUCCGUGCCAGCUGAGACCUGCCUUUCCCCGGGGGGCUUUGCUCCGGCCCCUAGGCCCCCGCCCUGCAGACCCCACCCUGGCACCCCACACGCCCACCGGCCGCGGGGAGUCUGCUCCGGCCCGAGAGCGCCCAUUCACCCCCCGCGCCCACCUCCUCGCGCUCCCACUUCCCCGAGCUCUGCCCCGGCCGGACGCCCCUACCCUAUCUUGCCGCCCGCCCCCUCCAGGACUCUCUGCUCCCACCCCGGGGCGCCCAUCCGACAUCUGCUUGACUUCCCGCCGCUUCCUUUAGGGGCCUCGGCUCAUCGGGUGCCCCUCCCCAAACUUCCAACCCGUUUGCUCCAGGUGUCCUUGCCCCGUUCCCGAGGGCGCCCAAAUAGCCACUCUGCGUCCUCUUGUGGUCGCUGCCCCCUGACCUAGCGCGACCCAGUGCCCCCGCCCAUGUCUCCCCACUCGCCUCCCCCGGGGGGCGUGGUGAGUCGCUGUCUGCUCUCGCCGACGGUGCCCGUCCAGCCUGCGCUUCGCCGGGGCCCUCACCUGCCUUCCCACCACCCUAUCACGCCCUUACCCUCCACCCCCGGUCCCCAUGGUCCCAGAGCCGGGCCCCACCGCCAAUAGCACCCCGGCCUGGGGGGCGGGGCCGCCGUCGGCCCCGGGGGGCAGCGGCUGGGUGGCGGCCGCGCUGUGCGUGGUCAUCGCGCUGACGGUGGCGGCCAACUCGCUGCUGAUCGUGCUCAUCUGCACUCAGCCCGCGCUGCGCAACACGUCCAACUUCUUCCUGGUGUCGCUCUUCACGUCCGACCUGAUGGUGGGGCUGGUGGUGAUGCCGCCGGCCAUGCUGAACGCGCUAUACGGGCGCUGGGUGCUGGCGCGCGGCCUCUGCCUGCUCUGGACCGCCUUCGACGUAAUGUGCUGCAGCGCCUCCAUCCUCAACCUCUGCCUCAUCAGCCUGGACCGCUACCUGCUCAUCCUCUCGCCGCUGCGCUACAAGCUGCGCAUGACGCCCCCGCGUGCCCUGGCGCUAGUCCUGGGCGCCUGGAGCCUCGCCGCGCUCGCCUCCUUCCUGCCCCUGCUGCUGGGCUGGCACGAGCUGGGCCACGCACGGCCCCCAGUCCCGGGCCAGUGCCGCCUGCUGGCCAGCCUGCCCUUCGUCCUCGUGGCGUCGGGCCUCACCUUCUUCCUGCCCUCCGGUGCCAUAUGCUUCACCUACUGCAGGAUCCUGCUGGCUGCCCGAAAGCAAGCCGUGCAGGUGGCCUCCCUCACCACCGGCAUGGCCAGCCAGGCCUCGGAGACACUGCAGGUGCCCAGGACCCCACGCCCAGGGGUGGAGUCUGCUGACAGCAGGCGUCUAGCUACGAAGCAUAGCAGGAAGGCCCUGAAGGCCAGCCUGACGCUGGGCAUCCUGCUGGGCAUGUUCUUUGUGACCUGGUUGCCCUUCUUUGUGGCCAAUAUAGUUCAGGCCGUGUGCGACUGCAUCUCCCCAGGCCUCUUCGAUGCCCUCACGUGGCUGGGUUACUGUAACAGCACCAUGAACCCCAUCAUCUACCCACUCUUCAUGCGGGACUUCAAGCGGGCGCUGGGCAGGUUCCUGCCAUGUCCACGCUGUCCCUGGGAGCGCCAGGCCAGCCUGGCUUCACCAUCACUGCGCACCUCUCACAGCGGUCCCCGGCCCGGCCUUAGUCUACAGCAGGUACUGCCGCUGCCCCUGCCGCCGGACUCAGACUCGGACUCAGACGCAGGCUCGGGCGGCUCCUCAGGCCUGCAGCUCACGGCCCAGCUGCUGCUUCCUGGCGAGGCCACCCGGGACCCCCCGCUGCCCACCAGGGCCGCUGCCGCUGUCAACUUCUUCAACAUCGACCCCGCAGAGCCCAAGUUGCGGCUGCAUCCACUUGGCACCCCCACGAACUGACCCGGGCUUGGGGCUGGCCAGUGGGGAGCUGGACUGAGCAGAACCCAGACCCUGAGGCCUUGGGCCAGCUCUUGGCUAAGACCAGGAGGCUGCAAGUCUCCUGGGAGCCCUCUGAGCUCCAGGGGGGUGUGCAGAGCCGGCCCCUGCUGCCAUCUCCAGGCCCCUUACCUGCAGGGAUCAUAGCUGACUCAGAUACCGUGUUCCGAAGGAUGCUCCACCGUCGAGUGUAACUUGUGUGUGCAGAGGAUGGGCUGGAGGACUCCGGAUGUUGGGGAGAAGGACCUCUUGGUCCAGGUUAGGGUGUAAACAAUCAUGGCUUUUGCCCAUUCUGUCAGGCUGGACAGCAGGGAAUGCCCCCACCCGCAGGCAUGGAUUAAUGCUGGGCUGAACCCCUCGCUACUCACAGUGUAGUCCAUGGACAAUCAGCAUUGCCAUCACCUUUGGGCGUUUGUGCAAAAUGCACAUUUCUGCCCCUGCCCAGACCUGCUGAGUCAGAACUGCAUGUUACCAAGAUCCCAGGUGAAUCACGUGCCUGUUACAGUCUGAGAUGUGCUGCCUUAGAUGAUCUUUAACCCUGAGAAUGAUUUGCUGGAGGGUUUUUGGACCUGCCAAUCCCCCCACCCUGGUAUAUAUGUGGCAGCAGCUGCACCUGGGAGGCAGGCAGGCACACAUGUGGGCCUCUGCCCUACCACCUAUGAGCUCUGGGGCCAGACACGAGUUACUUAACCUCUCCGAGUCUCGGUUAUCCCAUCUGUAAGAUAGAGAAAUGAUCUUGCAGGGUUGUCUUGAGAAUUAAGAUAAUGUGGGCCCAGCACCCAGUACCUGGUCAGUUAAGUGAUACGUUCUGUUGCUACGACCCCCCGCUAUCCCGCCCCCUGGCCUCUCUGGCUGUGUGUCAGGAAGGGCUCUUUCUUUCCAUUGUUCUCUUUCCAUUUGCCUCCCCCUCUUCAGCCCCGGCCUGGCCUCCCACAGCCUGACUCUGGUUCCCCAACUCCCUGUUCUGGCUCCUGGGUGGGGACCCCAUCUCUCAGGGACCCUCCCAGCUCCCAAGCUGCUGCACUGCCUCUCCUGGGGGCAAAAGGGGCAGGUGGCAGUUUCUUUUUCAGCCUCAGGACUGGUUUACCUUGAUCCUGGGGGGUCCUUGGACCUAGAAGAGAACAACUGAUGGGGAUAAACCCAGCCCUUUGCCCACCUCCCUCUGGCCUUCCCUGGGGUCAGUGAGAGAAACGGGAAUGGUAGCUACCUGGGUCAACAGAGCAGAGUCGAAGAAGAGCUGUCCCUGGUGUGGGUGGGGCCCACGAGGCAUGCAGGUGGACUCUGGCACAGGGGCCUUGGUUUCUGGGGGCAGGGGGCUGGGGAACUCUUGGUCGCCACAGUUUACCUGCCAUAGGUCCUUUUUCAGCCCUGCCUCCCCCAAGUUCCAUCAACACAAACUCCCAGGGGGUCCUCCAUACCUGGCCUGGCGCUCUCCUUGGUGCUGAUGAGACACAACUCUGGCUCCGGCCACGGGCCAUUGAGGGGCCAUGGUGCUUGUGGGGCUUCCUCUAUCCCCCAGGCCUGCCCAAGGGGACUCUCAAUAAACUCCAGCUGAAGGCA